AUGCCGCGUGAAAACCAAAAACGCGGUCGCAGAGCGACCGAUAAGGUGAAAAAGGAAGAAACCAAGCGAAAGCGUGACGAGGCGCCUGAAGAUUCGACAGCGAAGCGAUUAAAGCCUUCAGCGGACGAGGCCAUCACCGUCGGCGCAGACUACAUACCCCUCGAUACCGAAGAGAGCAACCAGAAUGAAAACCAGGAUGAGGCGCCUGCGCAGGAUGACAUGCCGUUCUAUGGUCUUCUUGAUUCCGAGGAGCAGGAAUACUUCAGCAGAGCGAAUGAGAUGUUGGAACUGAACCAGUUCCAGGAUGCCGAGGAGCGAAGGCUGUUCGUGGACAGUGUGUUUCGGGAAGCUAGGGGGAAAGAAUUGAAGAUCGCCUGUAGUCAGUCGUGUUCGCGGCUUAUGGAGAAGCUGAUAUCGGUGUCGGAUGUUUCCCAGCUUCGGAGGCUGUUCAGCAAAUUUAUCGGCCACUUCUUGACGCUCGUGCAGCAUCGAUUCGCGAGUCAUUGUUGCGAGAGGCUGUUUAUUAGCGCCGCUCCCGGGGUGUCACAAAAGAUCUCGAAAUCGAAGCCCAGAAAGGAUGACAAUGAUAGAGAGGAGGAGGACGACGAGCCCGAACCAGAGUUGUCGCUAGCGGAGAUGUUUAUGCAGGUUGUUGAGGAGUUACAGGGGAAUUGGGGAUACUUGUUGACGGAACGGUUCGCAUCGCAUACGAUCAGAGUUCUGCUCCUCGUGCUUGCCGGAGAGCCCAUCGAUGUGUCUUCGAACGAUUCGGUUGUGGCCAGUCGGAAGAAGGAAAGAUUGGGAGUUGUCGGCGGGGAAACUCAAGAAGCCAACCCCGUGGCGGAGAAAACGAGUGUUCCAGAGUCGUUUGAGACAACGUUGAAAAAGGUCAUGCAGGACAUGGUCUCGGUACUUGACGACACCUAUCUACGGGCGCUUGCAACUCAUCCUGUUGGCAAUCCAGUUCUGCAGGUGCUGGUCAAACUGGAGCUCUCUCACUUCGGAAAAUCAAGCGCCAAGCAAUCCAAUUCAAUCAUAAAAAGGUUGAUUCCAGAUGAGAACUUCGAAGAGGACUCUGAGAGUGCAAGAUUCAUUCGAGGUCUGCUUUACGACCCUGUGGGUUCACGCCUCCUCGAGACGAUGGUGCGGUGGAUGCCAGGGAAAUUGUUCAAGUCGCUCUACAAGAACUACCUCCGCGAGCAGAUGAGCUCGCUUGCGCGCAACCAAACUGCCGGCUACGUCGUACUCCGAGUGCUCGAACGACUAGGGAAGGACGAUUUACAGGCUGUCGUAGAGCAGAUCGCGCCAAAAAUCCCCGGCCUCAUCGAACGAUCGCGGACUAUUGUGCCAAAGGUGCUGAUUGAAAGGUGCCUAGCCCGAGGAGUUGAUACCAAACCACUUGCGAAAGCGCUCGGUGAUUCGUACGACUCUGAUCCUACUCGCAGGAUUGAGCAAAUGCUUCGACUAGAAACCGCGACAGCCGAUAAUGGAAAGCCAGACUCAGCAGACAAUGGACCCGUGUCUGAUCUCAACCCGUCCACAAAGGCCGCUGAAAAGCUCCACGGCUCGUUGCUCGCCCAGACUAUUCUCACAGCCCCUGGGGCAUUGAGCGAACUAGUAUUCUCGAGUCUCCUUGCAUUAUCACCUGAGGUUCUUCUAAGUAUAUGCAAAGAUCCAACGGCCUCGCGAGUCGUCCAACAAGCCCUCACAUCUCCCGCAUCCACCCCUCAAUUCCGUCGACAGUUCAUUACUCGAUUUACGGGUCACUUGAAUGAGCUUGCACUUGACAGCAGUGGAUCUCAUGUGGUUGAUGCGCUGUGGCCGGCAACCAAGGAUAUAUACUUCGUCAAAGAGAGAAUGGCGCAAGAGUUGGCAACAAAUGAACUGGCCCUUCGGGACUCCUUCGUCGGGCGUGCCGUUUGGAGAAACUGGGCCAUGGAUCUCUAUAAGCGCCGGCGGGGUGAGUGGGCAGCCAAAGCAAAGGGGAGGGACACGAGCAGCAACGACUCUGGGGAAAAGCCGAAGUCGCGCAUUGAGAUGGCGCGUGCCAGGUUUGCCAAACAGAACGAACCUUCAACCGGCGCGAAUGCAGUGGCUGCAAAGCAAUAG